AUGAAGACCAAGAUGCUCGACGAAUUCCACUUCCCCAGUCUACUCGACCUGGGCACCUUGGCUACCUGCCGUGUCUGGCAUGACAACAAAGGCUUUGGCCCCGCCUGGCAUCUGGACUGGAUUGAGGUGAGCGAGUUACACGCGCCACGUUCUACCGGUUCGUUGGACAACGUUGCCGCCGUCCAGAAGUUGCCAGAACUCAAAGAAACCUGGCACUUUGCCUGUGGCCAAUGGCUGUCGGCCACGGACGGUGACCGCCAGAUCUGCAGAGAGCUGGCCUGCUCGGCGGAUACGCCGAUGGUGCUCGUGGGGCCGGGCAGGGAGCAGACUGUGUCUCGAGCAACUGCCGACAUGCUGAAGGCCCAACAGGCCACUGCAUCCACGCCGGACCUGCGUGGGAAACGAGCAGGAGACAUCAGUGAGUCACUUGCGUGCCUAUUCCAGUUGGCAACGGGAAAGAAGAGCAGAUGGACGGCAUAA